UCCGGUAUUAAUUCCUUUGUCGUCUUUUUCAGGUACGAAAACCUUGGAUAGGGACCUUCUUGGUUUUGACGAGAAUUGGAGACCUGUGUGCACGCAGCCUCCUCAACCUAAAGCUAAAUACGACACAAUAGCAACGUAUUCGACCCGAGCUUCCUCUCGUCGCUCUACUACCACUGUUGCAAAGAAUCGUGUGAGUGCCGCCUGCAAAUCCAAAUCCUCCUCUGUCGUUGUUUCUCAAGCUCCGCCUUCAUCCACAAUGCAGUCCAAUCCCACAGGCCGAGGUGGAACCCGCCGGAAAAGGUCGUCUCUUAAUUCCAGUCGGUCUAAUCCGACUAAGAGGGCAAGGGGCACUGGUGAGGAUGAUGCUUACGCCGAUCACGAGGCAAAUGAGCCGGUCUUGGAGUCUGCUGCCAAGAAAACUACUGAAACCGCCCUUCAGGCGCAGCCGUCUCCACCAGCGUCUAUUGAGAUUUUGGACGAGGGUCCUGUCGGCGGUUUUAUUGAGGACUUCCACCGGCAAGCUACUUCUGCUGCUGUUACCGGUGGUAAUUCUAGUAUGCCUCCCGUCAGUCGCAGCGAGAACAAGUCUGGGGAUUCUAGGCUGAAUUAUCACCUACCCCUCCGCACCGGUGGUUGGAUCGAGGAUACUCCUUUCAAGAUUCCACCGCAAAUGAAGCCAUGGUUCGAGACUCCUGGCGGCGAACCUACCGACCAGUUUUAUCCCACCAUUGACCUGUUGUGUGGGGAGUCGGUGGCUACUGAUUCAGCUAAGGACGGUGGCGACUUAGGCUACCGUGCCUUUAAAGAUUUGAUUACGCCUGCUGACAGGCCACAAGGUCAGAUUGAUGCCCCUGCUGCUCAACACUUUAAUGACCUCUACAAGGCCGUUCAGUCCAGCAUGGAUCUGUACUACGUUUACCGCUGCUGUUAG